CUCCAGCUUCCCCAGCCCUCCCCGCGUCCUGGUGGGAAACUCAGCCCAGAAGGAGUCUUCGGGGGCUCCUCGCGGGUUGGGGAACCGUCGGACGCCGGCGCAGGGGGCGGGGCAAGGACCCCGGGGAGGUCACCCCGCCCCUUCGCGCUCAGCCCUGCCGAGGUGAAACCUGAGCCCAGGUCGGGGGCGGGACCGGCCCGCGCCUCUCUCCCGGUCCCCGCACCCUGGCCGAAGGCGGCGAGCGCAGGGCCCGGCCCGGGAGCCGCUGGAGCAGGGCCUGCGAUGGAGCCUGCAGCCCCGGGUCGCGCCCCUCCCUGAGCGCCCCCGUCGGCGGCCAUGCUGCCCCGAGGGCGCCCCCGGGCGAUGGGGGCCGCCGCGCUGUUGCUGCUGCUGCUGCUGCUCGGAUUCCUCCUGUUCGGUGGGGAUCUGGGGUGUGAGCGCCGCAAGCAGGGCGGGCGAGCGGGGGCCCCGGGAUGCUUCCCCGGCCCGCUCAUGCCACGUGUCCCCCCAGACGGGAGGCUGCGGAGAGCCGCCGCCCUCGACGGAGACCCGGGGGCUGGCCCCGGGGACCACAACCGCUCCGACUGCGGCCCGCCGCCGCCGCGGCCGUCCAAGUGCGAGCUCUUGCAUGUGGCCAUCGUGUGUGCGGGGCAUAACUCCAGCCGAGACGUCAUCACCCUGGUGAAGUCCAUGCUCUUCUACAGGAAAAAUCCACUGCACCUCCACUUGGUAACUGAUGCCGUGGCCAGAAACAUCCUGGAGAUGCUCUUCCACACGUGGAUGGUGCCUGCUGUCCGUGUCAGCUUUUACAACGCGGAGGAGCUCAAGUCCCAGGUCUCCUGGAUCCCCAACAAGCACUACUCCGGCCUCUAUGGGCUAAUGAAGCUGGUGCUGCCCAGCGCCUUGCCCGCCGAGCUGGCCCACGUCAUUGUCCUGGACACAGAUGUCACCUUCGCCUCUGACAUCUCGGAGCUCUGGGCACUCUUUGCUCACUUUUCUGACACGCAGGCGAUCGGUCUCGUGGAAAACCAGAGUGACUGGUACCUGGGCAACCUCUGGAAGAACCACAGGCCCUGGCCUGCCUUGGGCCGGGGAUUUAACACAGGUGUGAUCCUACUGCGGCUGGACCGGCUCCGGCAGGCUGGCUGGGAGCAGAUGUGGAGGCUGACGGCCAGGCGGGAGCUCCUUACCCUGCCUGCCACCUCACUGGCUGACCAGGACAUCUUCAACGCUGUGAUCAAGGAGCAUCCGGGGCUAGUGCAGCCUCUGCCUUGCGUCUGGAACGUGCAGCUGUCAGAUCACACACUGGCCGAGCGCUGCUACUCUGCGGCGUCUGACCUCAAGGUGAUCCACUGGAACUCGCCAAAGAAGCUUCAGGUGAAGAACAAGCACGUGGAAUUCUUCCGCAAUUUCUACCUGACCUUCCUGGAGUACGAUGGGAACCUGCUGCGGAGAGAGCUCUUUGGGUGCCCCAGCCAGCCCCCGCCUGGUGCCGAGCAGUUACAGCAGGCCCUGGCACAACUUGACGAGGAAGACCCCUGCUUUGAAUUCCGGCAGCAGCAGCUCACUGUGCACCGUGUGCACGUCACUUUCCUGCCCCAUGAGCCGCCACCCCCCCGGCCUCACGAUGUCACCCUUGUGGCCCAGCUGUCCAUGGACCGGCUGCAGAUGUUGGAAGCCCUGUGCAGGCACUGGCCUGGCCCCAUGAGCCUGGCCUUGUACCUGACAGACGCAGAAGCUCAGCAGUUCCUGCAUUUCAUCGAGUCCUCACCAGUGCUUGCUGCCCGGCAGGACGUGGCCUACCACGUGGUGUACCGUGAGGGGCCCCUGUACCCUGUCAACCAGCUCCGCAACGUGGCCUUGGCCCAGGCCCUCACACCUUACGUCUUCCUCAGUGACAUUGACUUCCUGCCUGCCUAUUCUCUCUACGACUACCUCAGGGCCUCCAUUGAGCAGCUGGGGCUGGGCAGCCAGCGAAAGGCAGCGCUGGUGGUGCCAGCGUUCGAGACCCUGCACUACCGCUUCAGCUUCCCCCAUUCCAAGGUGGAGCUGCUGGCCUUGCUGGAUGUGGGCGCUCUCUACACCUUCAGGUACCACGAGUGGCCCCGGGGCCACGCACCCACAGACUAUGCCCGCUGGCGGGAAGCUCAGGCCCCGUACCGUGUGCAAUGGGCGGCCGACUAUGAACCCUACGUGGUGGUGCCACGUGACUGUCCCCGCUAUGACCCUCGCUUUGUGGGCUUCGGCUGGAACAAGGUGGCUCACAUAGUGGAGCUGGAUGCCCAGGAAUAUGAGCUCCUGGUGCUGCCCGAGGCCUUCACCAUCCAUCUGCCCCAUGCUCCAAGCCUGGACAUCUCCCGCUUCCGCUCCAGCCCCACCUAUCGUGACUGCCUCCAGGCCCUGAAGGAUGAAUUCCACCAGGACUUGUCCCGCCACCAUGGGGCUGCUGCCCUCAAAUACCUCCCGGCCCUGCAGCAGCCCCAGAGCCCUGCCCGAGGCUGAGGCUGAGGCUGGGCGGGCGCUGCCCCUUGUCUUAGCAUUGGGCAGACACCAGGGCAACCCAGCCUGCCCUCCGCCAACCCUGCUAUUUAAAUUAUUUAAGGUCUCUGGGAAGGGCUGGGGUGGAGCAUCUGUGGGGUGGGGUCUUCCCCUUGCUGCUAUUGUUUGGCUGGCGUCUGGUCUCCCUCUGCCCCAGCCAGUUUGGGGCUGGUUCCCCCAUCUUCAAUUGUUCAUCCCUUUUUCAUAAUUAAAGUUUUAAAAAAUC